AGCAGGAGCUGCGCGAGGCGGUGGCUCGCACUCCGUUUUGCCCUAUUAUGGUCACGAGCGUGACAGCGCGCGCUACCCAGCAUGCGCCGCGGGGUGAGGCUCCGCCACAGCCAAGAUGACCGACUUUGAGGAGCCGCUUUCAGACGAGGAGAAGGUCCGCAUCGCAGCUAACUUUGUGACCCACGCUCCCCCUGGAGAAUUUAAUGAAGUGUUCAACGAUGUGCGACUUCUCCUCAACAAUGACAACCUCCUCCGGGAAGGGGCAGCACAUGCCUUUGCUCAGUAUAACAUGGAUCAGUUCACUCCUGUCAAACUGGACGGUAGUGAGGAGUCGGUUCUGAUCACUGAGCAUGGAGAUCUGGGUCAGGGACGGUUCUUUGACCCACGGAAGCGGGUGUCAUUCCGUUUCGAUCACCUGCGAAAGGAAGCGAGCGAUCCUCAGCCCUAUGAGGGAGAGACUGCCCUCCGGUCCUGGAGGGACGCCUGUGAUGAAGCGCUCAGUGCUUAUGUGAAAGAGCACUAUCCCACUGGAGUCUGCACGGUGUAUGGGAAGACUGUUGACGGACAGCAAACAAUUAUUGCUUGUAUUGAGGGUCAUCAGUUCCAGCCCAAAAACUUUUGGAAUGGCCGGUGCAGGUCAGAGUGGAAGUUCACCGUUAGUCAGUCAUCAGCUCAGGUGGUGGGAGUAUUGAAGAUCCAGGUACAUUAUUAUGAGGAUGGUAAUGUACAACUGGUGAGCCAUAAAGAGGUGGAGGAGUCCAUUGUAGUGACUAAUGAAACCCAGACUGCCAAGGAGUUUGUAAAAAUCAUUGAAAAUGCUGAAAAUGAUUACCAGACGGCCAUCAGUGAGAACUACCAGACAAUGUCAGACACCACCUUCAAAGCUCUCCGCAGACAGCUGCCCGUCACUCGCACCAAGAUCGACUGGAACAAGAUCCUCAGCUACAAGAUCGGCAAAGAGAUGCAAAACGCUUAGAAACCGACCCGGUUCCUCUUCCUUCUGUUCAAGUGCGGAGCCGGCUCUCAGAACACCACAUGCCGUUUGCUCAGCAUGAAAAAGUCUCCCAAAAAUGAAAAUAAAAAAAUAAAAAAGUCAAAAACUUUUUCUGUUUAAAAGAGGAUGUGAUUCCAUUCAACCUUCUGCCAUUAAUAGACUUGGAUGGGUCUCAGCUGUGGAUGAGGUUCAAAUGAGAACUUGGAGGAAAUCGUGGAUCUAAAUUAUCAGCAAUUAUCACUUUUCUCUCCUUUACCUGCUUGCAAGUCACACAAAGAGUUUGUAUUGUUUUGUCUUUUUUGUGAACUGUGACAGCUGCAAUGCUUGUGCAAACGGUUUUUGUGUUUUAAAACGGUGGAUAAGUAAUGCCUCACUCACUGUAUCUCCAAACCCCAAUCAGACGACACUCCCACCUUCCUCCUCCUCCGCCUACUGACAACCUGGAGAGAUGAGAUUUCCUGCUGUCCUGUUCUCAACUGUCCAGGCUGUAACAGGGAAUGCAUGAGGUCAGGCGAGGAGAGGAGGGGAACGGGCUUUGUGUCUGGGUUUGGAGUGGCCAUCUGUCUUAACUGCUCUCACCGUAUCUUUGUCUGACUCACAGUCUGCUGAACUAAAAUGGUUUAAUAACCCAAAAAGACCGAAUAAAUAAAUCCAUGGAUAACCCUCUUUGGUAGCAAAGGCAUCCAAAUUAAGUCUUGAUUUUUAUAUUUAUACACCAGAUGAAUUUUCUUCACAUAUAGAGGUUUAGACCGUCUGUUACAGGUACUUGUGAUGCAUUUAGGGUAUCCACAGUCUGCAACAAAUCCGCAACCCACACAGCAAAUCUGAGUGUCUCUCUUGUCCAGAGUACUGAGGGCUCCAUCAGUGUUGCAUUUGCAUGUUUCUGCCAUACUGCUUUCUCGUUAACCUUGUUUGUCUUGACUGUUCCAUCAAAGAUCCUCUGUGAAAUACAUCCUUCCUGUAAGACUGGCACAUUCUCUGUCUCAUAACCAUGCAAACAUAAUGUCUGCUCACAGUAAAUGACACCAAAAUGA